CGAGCGAAGAGAUCGAUCGACGAUGAAAAUGAGGAUGUCGACGUCGACGCCGGUGGUCCUCCUGCUGGGGCUGGCGGUGCUCGCUGCGCUGCCGUCGCCGUCGUCGCAGCAGCCGGAGUCGGAGAAGGCGCUCCAAAGCUGGAUCGGUUGGAACGACCAACUCUACAACUCGCCGAUGGCCGAGGACCCGCCGCCGCUGAACGGCGACCUCGUCGCCGCGAACAACUCGAUAGUGCGCGUGGCCGUCGACGGCGGCAGCAUCGCCGACGCGCUCGCCGCCGUGCCCAACGGCAACACCAAGCGCUACAUCUUCAGCCUCAAGCCCGGGGCGGUGUUCCGCGAGAAGGUGGUCGUGGAGAAAGGCAGGCGGUUCGUCACCUUCAAGUCCGACCCGGCCAACCCGGCCGUCGUCGUCUGGAACGACACCGCCGCCACCCUCGGCAAGGACGGCAAGCCCCUCGGCGCCGUCGGCAGCGCCACCCUCGCCGUCAAAGCCGAAUACUUCCUUGCCUAUGGCGUCGUCUUCAAGAACGAUGGGCAGUCGGCGGGGGCGAAGCGAGGGCAGACCGUGGCGGUGCGGGUGGCGGGUUCGAUGGCCGCAUUCUACAACUGCACCAUCGACGGCGGGCAGGGGGCGCUGUACGACGACGAGGGGCAGCACUACUUCAAGGACUGCACCAUCAACGGCGGCGCCGACGCCAUCUUCGGCUUCGGGAGGUCCUUGUACGCGGGGUGCCGCGUCGUCGCCACGCAGGCGACCCCCGCCGUGCCGACGGCGCCGCCGCAGAGGGCGUCCAAGGUGAACAGGACGGGCGAGAACGGCGGCGCCGGGCCCAACCCCAUCGCGAACGGCUUCUCCUUCGUCAACUGCACCGUCGAGGCCGCCGCCGGCGCCGGCGACAAGGUCUACCUCGGCAGGGCGUGGGGGGAUUCUUCCUACUUCGUUUACGUCAACACCAAGAUGGCUAAUGAGGUCGUGCCUAUUGGCUAUGACCGUCGAAGCCUCCAACAGCCGGCACAAGGGACCGGAGCCUACUACGGCGUGUUCAACUGCACUGGGCCUGGGUUCGACGCAAGCACGAAGAUGGGCUGGCCCAAGAAAACCGACAGUGGCUUUCCCUAUGACGACAUUGACUUUAUCGACGGCACCAAGUGGAUCCUGCCCCAACCCGUGCCCACCGACUGAUUCUUCGAACUCCAGAUUCAUUUGACAAAUUUCGUCGCGAUGUUAGUGUUCCCGUUUUUGAAAUUUUGACGGCCAAAUAAAGAUUUGAACCACCACCACGUGGGCGUGUCGUUACGGUUGCUACUCUAUUAUUUCUUUCGUGUAAUAUAUUAACGUGCGGAGCUCUUGCGCGUUCGUGAAAGAUCAAGAUCACCCGAUUGUUUUUGGAAUUUAUACUGGAUUUGCGUCU